AUUUAUAUAAAAAAUCUGAUAAAUCCAUCAUAAAACAAAGUUUCCCUAAAAUAAUAGUGUUCGGAAAAAGAGAGCUAACCCUAGCCCGCGUAAAGUGAAAACUUGUCCACCGCCAUUUCCCGCCAGUAUUGUCCAAGCUUAAACGUCAUCGUUUCAUUCUCCCUUCUCCCGCGCGUUACUUCAAUUCUUCCUCGCGAUCUUUCAAUCAACGGCGGCCCAGAAUCUCCAAUCAUCUAAAAAUCCCUUAAAACCCCUCCAAAUCUGUACAGAUUUUUCCUGCAGAACCGCCAUUGUUGCUUCCAAUUCUUCAAUGGCGCCGGCAGGGUUAGACCCAUUCACAGACUACAGCAAAACCCAGCGCAUAGUUCUCCUGCUAGACCUAAACCCCGUUCUCCAUCUCCAAGAUCCAAACCCUUACCUUUCCGCUAUACUCUCCUCCUCCAAAACCCUCCUCUCUUUCCCCCCUUUUUCUUCUUCCCUCUUCUCCUUCAAGCCGUUUUUUUCAUCCCUUUCCCCUCUCCUUUCCUCUUCAAAGCUACCUUCUUCCUCAAUUUCCCUCUCCUUUGACUACCCAGAUUCCACCCUUCAAUCCCUCACCCAGUUCCUCACUUCCCUUCCCGGUACAAUCAAGAAGAGCUCGUUUUCUUUGAACCCAUCGCGAGCUUCGAAUCUUGCUGCCUCUAUGCGCCAGAUUCUGCACGACUAUGCUUGGGACCCGGUGAUUCCCCAUUUGGGGUCUGGUACGUUGUUGAAUUGUGAUGCUUCUGGUUGUAUUAGGUCUAAUUUGGUUGUUCUGUUUUCGCCAUUUUGUAAGGAUUUGAAUUACUUGCGUGAUUUCUUGGAUGUGGAAAUAAGUGAUGAGUGUUUGAGAAACAUGAGUGCGUUUAGGGAUAGGUUUUUUGGGGUUUUUCAGAGUUUGAUUGGUGCUUAUGUUAGUAGGGAUAUUCAUUGUAGUUGGGUUGAUGUUAAAUGUGAAUUAGGGAAAAGGGAAGGUAGUGAAUUGGAAUUUGGGUUUUUUGAGAGUGGGAUUGAGAGUUUAGGUUGGGGAUUUUGCUCCACAGAUUUGAUUAUUCUAGGUUCUUCUCUUGUUCCUUUUGGAUUGAUUUAUCCAAAGAUUGGGGUUUCAUCAGAUUGUUUUAGUUUUAGUGGUAAGACCACACGUGCUUAUUUGAGUCUUGAGAUAUUAGAUGUGAGUGGUAAGCCUUUGGAAUGCAAGUGCAGUGAGCUUGAAUUUGUUGACUUCAUGAUGUGUCCGCAAAAUGGGCAGGAUGGUUUUUGGUUUAUGCCUGAAUUGGUGAAUUCACAGAAUAGAGGUAAUGAACCGCAGAAGAGAUCUUUCAUGGAGCAAGUUUCUAAUGGAAUAACAAAAAUCCAUGUUAAGGAAGUCAGAAGGUGUGAUGAUGUGGAUAAAGCUGUAGAGAACUUGUCUGAUCCAAUUAUUGUUAGGGAAUCUGUGGGAGAUUCUGCCACAGUUCCCAAAGAAAAUUCCACAGAGUUUUAUGCAGAUGGGUUUCUUCAAAUGUGGGCCACUGAAAUGGGUGAAGCUAUGCUCCAAAAGUCUAUCCCAAUUUGGCAAAUUUUCUUGACUAUUCUCCAAAGGGAAGGUUACUUAGCUCUGGUAUCGCUUUCAAAUGGCAAAGGUGAUUUGUGUAGAGGAAUCCUGAAGCCUUAUACCAUUUCAUCAGCCUUUCUCUCUAUCAUAGAUGAUUGUUCUCAUGGUAAAGAAAAAGGAUCUGGUGGAGUGCAUUUGAAUCCAUUUAUUACAAGGUGUAAUAAGAGUAGUGAGCCUGUUGUCUUGAAGCACUUUUCUGGGAUUAUGAGUUCUAAAUCUCAUCCUUCAGCUUCAGACAAGUUUGCAAUAACUAGUGCUGAACAAGGGAAAAAGAGGAAAAAGAACCUACAUUUGCUUCAAAACCUUACUUGGAGUGCCUUCUGUCAAGCAGCAUCUGAAUGCUUGGACAUAGAGCUGGAAGAAGCUUAUUUUGCUAGGGGCUGCAAAAUCUCAAAGAAGUUAAAAUUUCUGAAAUGCUGGAUGAAGCAGGUUAAGAAACAUAAUACUUGCAGCUUGAAGGUAGCAGAGUGCUCCAUGCUAAAACAGGAUGUUGAACAGGAAUUAAAUCAUGGAAUAGAUGAGUUACCUCAAGAAAGUGAACAGCCAAUAUCUAAUUCGGCAUCAGUGGGAGAGGUUUCUUCUAGAAUAUUAGAUGAAGCUGCAAAUGAUUUCUGUUCUGGGAGUUUUGAGAAUUUCUUUGUUAGUCUUCCAAAUAAAAUUCAACAAGGACUUGAGUCUAAAGAUCUAGACUUGGGGGCAAUUGCAGAACGGCUUGUAAAUUCAUCUAUCUACUGGUUAUACCAAAAGCAUGAAAUGGAAAACACAAUGGUGAGACAAAACCAUUUGGUGAAAUCAAAUGAUAGUUGCGCAAGCAAAGUUGCUGUUGAAUUGGCAGGACUUUUACUCAAGGAGCCAAAGGACUUCACUGCUAUGCACAAAAAGAGAAGUCCAUCCUGCCAGGCAUCUGAUCCAGGAUCUGGUGGAUCUGCUUCAGUAGAUGUAGUUAGAGAAUAUGAACUGCAGAUGUUGUUUCGCAUGGAAAUUCUACAAUCAGAGAUUGGAAUAAGUGUCGAGGAGCCUCUGAAGCAGAAGUUCGUAAAACAGAUUUGCUUGCUCUUGGAAUCCAUCCAAUGCCAUCUGGAGGGUGGCUUUUUUGGUGAUUGCAGACUAGAUGAUUACGUGGGAAAAAUCAUAAAGAGCAGGUAUUAUCACACUCUUCCAGAUUUGGUUGAUAGAAUCUAUACAAAAAUGGAUUUGUUGCUGUUUGCCGAGGAUGAAAUCCCCAGCUGCUCAUUCAACAGUGAGGACAGUAACCAGUCCCAGAGGGAAAAGCAAGGGAAAAUUAAGAUAGAUGAAAAUUUCAGAAUAAGGGACCCAGUAUUAGCAAAAGGUGAAUCCGUCCAACUGCAGAAACAUGAUAAGAGAAGCCCCCAAGAGACUAGAAGUGAGGAACAUGCCCGUCAGUUGCUUGAAAUUUGCAGCGAGUUUGGGCUCCAAAGCAGCCAAAGGCAAUGAAACCAAAAUCUGAUCCUUCAAAAAGGCUGUCAAAAAGGAAGGAUAAUGAAGAAGAAAGCUAUGACUCUGUAUGUGAGACCCCAUUGACAGGAAGGAAAAGAUCAUACCCUCAUGGAAAAGACAUUGAUGAUGAGGACUGCCAAGACUCUGGGACACUGGCAU